CCAAAAGUCCUGCUGAUGGUACUCCAAGAAGACCUGUUUUGUCUGUCAGUGCAAGAAAAAUUAAAGAUAAUGCAGCGGACUGGCACAACUUCAUGAUGAAGUGGGAGAGACUGAAUGACAGUGGCUUUACUCUAGCGAACAAAAUAGUCAACAUGAAGAUGAGUGAGCAAUUUCAAGACAGCAAACCGGAGAUGGCAUGUGAUAACAGUACCACAGAAUCUGAGAAGCCAACUCCAAAAUAUAAUGAAGAACUAGACAAUUGCUGUGCAGAAUUACUUGAGACCUUAAAGCACAUGACAAAAAUACAACUGAAAAUGGAAAAGCUUACUUCGACUACUAAAGCUAUCUGUGACUUGGAAGCAUUCCACCAUGGAGCUGGGAAGUGCACAGUGCCCUUCUUUCAUACAUGGCCCACACCGUACUUCUACGAGGUUUCUCUGAAGCUCUCUGAAAUGUACAAGAAGGAACUACAACUCAAGCAAACAAUUGUACAAGAAAUUGCUCAUUCUGCUGACCAGGAUCUGAUGAUGGUCUAUUUGUCAUCAUGGUUGUACCAGCCUUACAUUGAGAACAGCAGCAAACUACUGCUUGAAGCCAUGCUGCUGGAAACAGGACACAGACAGUGCUAGAAUUUCAAAUGUUACGUGGCUUCUAACAAAACUGAAAUGGCAAUUUGCAAGGCUUACCAAGUAAGUUGAAUUUUUGUAAAACUUAUUAAAAAUCUUUUUCCCCAUUUGUAUUUAUUA